CGAGUACAAUCUAUUUCCUACUCUCAACGAGUCCAGCAAAAGCAUGCUUCGGUGCGAUCUCUGUACUCUGCACACACCUCUGUACUAGCUUGGCUCUAUCUUCUGCGCCUCUCUCUCAUAACAUGCUCUCCACCCUCAGAUCAUCUCUCUCUCUCUCUCUCUCUAUAGUGUUGAGCUACCAAAUCCAUCCACCGAACCAGCUCUUGAACCCGAGUGCCACUUCUCUUUCAAUUUUCAAACCAGACGCUGAAAUUUGCCCAGGAGUAGUCCACGAGAUGGGCUGUGCUCAGUCUAAAGUGGACGAUGAAGAAUCGGUGGUCAGGUGUAAGGAAAGGAAGUUUCUUAUGAAGGAGGCUGUGGCUGCUCGGAACGCUUUCGCUGCUGGUCAUUCUGGGUUUGCUAUUUCUCUUAAGAACACUGGUGCUGCUCUUGGUGAUUAUGCUCAAGGUGAAGUUUUAGAGCCCCAUGCUCACCUCCAGCAACCUCCCCAUGAACCCAUUUCUCAGACGCCGCCGCCUCCCCCUCCCCCUCCUCCUCCGCCGUCCAUGGAGAGCUUUCCUCCUCCUCCUCCUCCGCCACCUAAUUUUUCUCCUAGUCCCAUCAACCGCGCGUUGAGCAUGCCUGCGAUUCCCAUGAAGCCGCAUCGACUGGUGGGGGAAGAAAUCGAUUCUGUUGCUGCUGCAGAGGAAGAGGAACUUGAAUUAGAUCACGGAGCUCGAAAUAAUGGCAAUAAGAGUAAAAAGAAAAAAGAUUUAAGCGGGUCGCCGGGCCCAUCUAAUGGUAUGGCGGGACCGGACGAAACGCCGCGGUCCCCACCAAGGACACCAGAAAAUCACGCCGUGCCACCUAUGCCGGAGGCCAAGAAUAUGGCUUGGGACUACUUCUUUAGGGUGGACAAUAUGCCAGGGCCAUCGUUGGAACCUGAAGUUGACGCCAAUAGAAACGGCAAUACUUUUGGCAGUGUUGAGGAUGUGGGCGUUCGAUUUGGUGGCAUUGAGAAUCCCGAUGGUGGUGAAAUCAAUGGGGUUGAACCGAAGACGCCAGAAAAAUCGACGGAACACUUGGCUACAGUGGUGGAGGAGGAGGAGGAGGAGGGGAAGGAGACUAAGACGGAGAAACAGAUUGCGCAUUCGAAAACUGCACCUCCUGAUUUUGAAGUGGCUGGGAAGAAGGCGGUUCCAGUUCCAACUGUGAAUUUAAUGCAGGUUUUGGGCGUGAUUGAUGAUCAUUUCCUGAAAGCAUCGGAAAGUGCACAGGAGGUUUCAAAGAUGCUCGAGGCCACUCGCUUGCAUUACCACUCCAAUUAUGCAGACAAUAGAGGAUAUGUUGAUCAUUCUGCUAGAGUUAUGCGUGUCAUCACGUGGAAUAGGUCAUUCAGAGGUGAAGGUGGCAAGGAUGAACUUGAUUCUGAAGAUUAUGAGACUCAUGCCACUGUAUUGGAUAAGUUGUUAGCAUGGGAAAAAAAGCUCUAUGAUGAAGUAAAGCAAGGUGAGCUUAUGAAGCUUGAGUAUAAGAAGAAGGUGGCUCAGCUAAAUAGGCAGAAGAAGCGUGGUGCCAGUGCAGAAUCCUUGGAAAAAACAAAAGCAGCUGUAAGUCAUCUGCAUACGAGAUAUAUAGUUGACAUGCAAUCGAUAGACUCUACCGUUUCAGAAGUCAAUGAUAUACGUGACAAGCAGCUGUAUCCAAAACUUGUUAAUCUGGUUGACGGGAUGGCGAAAAUGUGGAUCAAUAUGUGCAUGCAUCAUGACAGCCAGCUGAAGAUUGUUAUGGACCUUAAGUCCCUUGAUGUCAGCCAGGCUGUUAAGGAAACUACGAGACAUCAUCAUGAGCGCACCAAACAACUUUACAAUGUAGUGCAAGGAUGGCAUUUACAAUUUGAAAAGCUGGUGACCCAUCAAAAGCAAUACAUUCAAACUCUUAACAACUGGUUGAAGUUAAAUCUAAUCCCAAUCGAAAGCAGCUUGAAAGAGAAAAUAUCAUCUCCGCCAAAAUCCCCAAACCCCCCUAUCCAACCUCUUCUCCGUUCAUGGCAUGACUAUCUAGAAAAGCUUCCAGAUGAGGUGGCCAAAUCUGCAAUUGCAUCCUUUGCUGCUGUCAUAAAGACAAUAGAGCUGCAUCAGGAAGAAGAGCUGAAGCUAAAGGAGAAGUAUGAGGAAACCCGGAAGGAAUUUCUUCGUAAGAAUCAGGCGUUUGAAGAAUGGUAUCAGAAGUACAUGCAGCGGAGAACUCCAACUGAUGAAACAGAUGCUGAAAGAGGUGAAGACGCAAAUUCCAGUGAUCCUAUGUCAGAGAGGCAAUUUGCAGUGGAGAGCUUGAAGAAGAGAAUGGAAGAAGAAGUUGAAGCUCAUCAAAGACAUUGCCUUCAGGUGAGAGAAAAGUCGCUCGGAACUCUAAAGCUUCGGUUGCCUGAGCUAUUCCGAGCUAUGUCGGACUAUGCUCAUGCCUGUUCUGAUGCUUAUGAGAAAUUGAGGGGCCUCACUCAGUUGCAGAAUUCAACUCAUAGUCCUCAAUGAUGUAAACUCUGUCCAGUUAUUAAGUUAUUUCAAAGUUAACUAUGCCUCUUAUCUGAGAUGAUAUGCCUUUCCAGUAUGCUGGCAAUCUGUAUUUCUUAUGUGGAAAGAUUUUUCUCUCAAUGCUUAUGAAUGUUGCUGUUGUAGA